AUGACCGAGUAUCUGCCCAAGACCAACUGCACGUACAAGGAGAAGGGCUACUGGGACUCGCGCUUCCAUCGUGAAGAGUCGUACGACUGGUUGGUUCGCUUCGAGAACGUCGCAGAGCUACUGGCCAAGUACGUGUGUCCAUCAGAUCGCAUUCUCAUGGUCGGAUGCGGCAACUCGACGUUCAGCGUCGACAUGUACAACAGCGGGUUUCAGCACAUCACCAACAUCGACUAUUCCAAGACCGUCAUCAAGCGCAUGAGCGCCAAGUACAGCGAGAAAAUGCCCGAGAUGCAGUGGAUCGAGGCGGACAUGACCACGUUAAGCAGCGUGUUUGGACCUGCGAGCUUCGACGUUGUCAUCGACAAAGCUGCUAUGGACGCGCUCAUGUGCGACGAAGGCGAUGUCUGGUCGCCCUCGGAAGCGGUGAUCGAGCAGGCGGCUGCCAUGUGCAGCGGUAUCACGUCUGUACUGGCAUCGAGGGGAACCUUCUUGCAGAUUUCUUUUGCGCAGCCGCAUUUCCGCAGACGCUUCUUGCUGGGCGAGGGCGAGCAGGCGCCUACUAGCACGGUCUACGACUGGAGCUACUCUUACCACAACAUCGAUAUGGGACUCGGAUACUUUUUCUACGUGCUGCAAAAGUGCAGCCACGUGUAG